AUGGCCCUCUUCGCAAAGGUCAAGAAGUCCAAGAAGACUUCCGAUGAGCAACCAAAGGAGCCAAAGGCAAGGACUACGCCGACCACGACAGCAUCAGCUCCGGUUCGGCCCAAUCUACCUCGCGCACACUCUGCUUGCCUUAAUGAACGUGCGGCGUAUCCCAAGCACACAUACACUCCACAGCGGCCCAGUAACCUCAGGACAUCAAGCAGCUGUUCGGUAAGGUCACUGCCGGUCACGCCUGUUAUGGGCAGGAGCGCAACUAGCGAGCCCAGUCAUCCUUCACGUGGUCGUGGCGACCGCAAGGACCUCUCCAUCGAUUCCAUCAUGCUGUCCCGUAGCCAGGACCCAAGCCCCAAUGGCCAUAUGAUGCUGCACACGAGACAAGCAGACUUCAAGCCCUCCAUGUACACCUAUGAUCCCAGCAAAGCCCCGAGCUUGUCCGGGCGCAAGAGACAGUACCGCUCGAAUUCGUCUAAACCGCCCACAAGAGCAUCGUCGUUCGUCAUGAGCCCCCACAUUGUCACCAUGGUGGAAGAGAAAGAAGAAACGGACAGCUCCUCGUCCUCUACCAAGUCGCACGAAAGCGAGUCUUCCACACAGUCUCAGUACCUUGAAACAGCAAGAACGACGAGCACCCGCAAGCAGCAGGAACAGGAUGAAGUGCAGGCUGAUGUGGGUACAUCCCCCGCACCGGAGAUCCCGGCCCGCAAUCCCGCCAGGAACAGCAUCUGCUCUCGACGAACGUCGGUGGCGAGCAACACCGAGCCCACGAUCGGGUUGGCCGCCCCUACGUGCUCCGAUGCUCUCAGCGAGCCGAAGACGUCGGCGACGCUCGUCACAAAGGAUAGGACCGAGUCGCCAGGUCCCAAGUCCAAGAAGCGAAACUGGUUCAACAGCAAGAAACGACAGUCUGUCUCUAUCGAGGCGCAUUGA